AUGCUGGAUAAGGCCACCCUGCUCCUGUUCCUGCAUUUAGUUGCAUGCUCCAUCUCCUCCCCUCUCUACCCAGCUCUUAGGUACAGUCCCGGGCUGGCUGCCGGCACGGCUGCCAGCUUCCAGCUACAGCACAGCAGCCCGCUGCAGAGCCAUAACCCCACGGUGGAGGUACAGGACGAGGAGGGUUUGCUGACAGACCCCGCUGAGAAAAGGAUGCAGCGCCAUGCCGAUGCCAUAUUCACCGACAACUACCGGAAAUUCCUGGGGCAGAUUUCUGCUCGCAAAUUCCUACAGACCAUCAUCGGAAAGCGGCUUGGAGGCAGCGAGAGCAGCCUGGGAGAGGGGGUGCACGAAUUUCUGACAAGGCGCCAGUCCGACAGCAUCCUGAUGGACAGCCGCUACCACCAACAGAUGGUACUAAGGGACUUCCUGGGAGCCAUCCUGCAGAACCAGAGGCCUCAGGACAUCAACAGCAGCCGGUUAGAAGGCUUUCCCAGCACCCUGGCUAAGCUCAUGUAA